GUAUAUAAACCCCAAAAUACAUGUCCUUGAACAAGCAACAACCAUUUGAAACCCAUAUAGUGAUAUAAGUGUGAAUCUUCUUUCCAACUUGUGAAAGAUUUCGUAGAUAUCUAUCCCCCACGGUGGUUCCGAUCAAACAAAUUAAAGUCAUGUCUAGUAGCAGUUACUCCUUUGAUAUGGCCGUGGAGUGUGCGGUGAAAAGUGCUGUGAGAGAAGAUCAAGAUUAUUAUACUGAUGACACGUUUAAAAAGGAUUCAAUUUCCGACGAUAGUCAACCACGUCCACGAUCACCAAAUGACUACGGAUUGCCAACUAUAAGUGAAAAUGAACGACAUACAAUGCCUACUAAUAGUACUGAACUGAAGCUAUCAGAAAUAGAAACAGGAUUGCGAAGUGUAAUCGAGCCUGACGUCAAGUCAUUGAUCCUUGAGGGUGCAGAAUGUGAUUUGGAGAACCGACGCAAAAAUGGAGCGAUUUAUGAUGAGGUUUCGGCCUUUUGGACAACCAUUAACGAACGGUUGAAAUUUCUAUCAAAGAAACAUGGGGAGCUUUCAAUCGAUGAGGCUAUUGAAAUAAUCGAUGCAUCAAAACUCUUGAGUCUUUCGAAAGAACAUAAACAUCAUAAUAUUCUGUCUAAACUGAAUAUUGGUUAUAGUGUGCGUACGAUACUUCAAGGACAAAUGCUAGUAAAGAAAGGGCGCAAACUACUUGCCCUAAGCAAAUCCACGUUGCAGAAGGCGUAUAUUUGAAUUAUUGGUAUAUGAUGAAAUAAAGUUGAAUAAAAUAAAAUUUGAUAACUCGAAGUUCUUUUAAAUUUGAAUAACCUAUUUUAUUUCAUUCUACUCUAUUGAUAUGUAUGUGUGCGUAAUCUGAAUAUAGAUCACUAUUUUAUAUUUACAUUCACAAUGAAUGAAUGAAACACUAUCUUUGAAUGCUA